GAGUAAAAACGUGUACACGGGCUGAGACUGUCAGUGAGAGUCCGGCUGGUACUGUCAGUAUUGGCCCAGGGGCCGGCGGGGCCGGCGCCGCCAUGGCGGCAGUGUUUGAUCUGGACCUGGAGACCGAGGAAGGCAGCGAGGGUGAAGGCGAGCCAGAGUUCAGCCCUGCGGACGUGUGUCCCCUUGCCGAGUUGAAGGCUGCUGGCUUGGAGCCUGUAGGACGUUAUGAGGAGGUGGAGCUGACUGAGACCAACGUGAACCUGGGCCCUGAGCGCAUCGGGCCCCAUUGCUUUGAGUUGCUGCGUGUACUGGGCAAGGGAGGCUAUGGAAAGGUGUUCCAGGUGCGAAAGGUGCAAGGUACCAACUUGGGCAAAAUAUAUGCCAUGAAAGUUUUAAGGAAGGCCAAAAUUGUGCGCAAUGCCAAGGACACAGCACACACACGGGCUGAACGGAACAUUCUAGAGUCAGUGAAGCACCCCUUCAUUGUGGAACUGGCCUAUGCCUUUCAGACUGGUGGCAAACUCUACCUCAUCCUUGAGUGCCUUAGUGGUGGUGAACUCUUCACGCAUCUGGAGCGAGAGGGCAUUUUUCUAGAAGACACAGCCUGCUUCUACCUGGCUGAGAUCACACUGGCCCUGGGCCAUCUCCACUCUCAAGGCAUCAUCUACCGAGACCUCAAGCCCGAGAAUAUCAUGCUCAGCAGCCAGGGCCACAUCAAACUGACGGACUUUGGACUCUGCAAGGAGUCAAUCCAUGAAGGCGCUGUCACUCACACCUUCUGUGGCACCAUUGAAUACAUGGCCCCAGAGAUCCUGAUGCGCAGUGGCCACAACCGGGCUGUGGACUGGUGGAGCCUGGGUGCCCUGAUGUACGACAUGCUCACUGGAUCGGCAAGUCCAGCCUCCCCGGGGGGAGGGUGGGUAGGGGUGGGAGGAGACCCCUUCCUGGGCAGGAGUGGCUGGAGGCCUGCAAGGCUCCUCUUAACCGUCUGCCUCCUCCAGCCACCCUUCACUGCAGAGAACCGGAAGAAAACCAUGGAUAAAAUAAUCAAAGGGAAGCUGGCACUGCCCCCCUACCUCACCCCAGAUGCCCGGGACCUUGUCAAAAAGUUUCUGAAGCGGAAUCCCAGCCAACGGAUUGGGGGUGGUCCAGGGGAUGCUGCUGAUGUGCAGAAACACCCCUUCUUCCGGCACCUGAAUUGGGAUGAUCUUCUGGCCCGCCGUGUGGACCCCCCUUUCAGGCCCUGUCUGCAGUCAGAGGAGGACGUGAGCCAGUUUGAUACCCGCUUCACACGGCAGACACCAGUGGACAGUCCGGAUGACAUGGCCCUCAGUGAGAGUGCCAACCAGGCCUUUGUGGGCUUCACAUAUGUGGCGCCCUCUGUCCUGGAGAGCAUUAAGGAGGGCUUCUCCUUCCAGCCUAAGCUGCGCUCCCCAAGGCGCCUCAACAGCAGCCCCCGGACUCCCGUAAGCCCCCUCAAGUUCUCUCCAUUUGAGGCCUUCCGACCCAGCCUGUCAGAACCCACAGAGCCACCUCUUCCUCCACUGCUGCCACCACCGCCACCCUCAAGCACUGCCCCCCUCCUUAUCCGUCCCCCCUCAGGGACCAAGAAAUCCAAGAAGGGUCGCGGCCGCCCUGGACGCUAGGAGAAUAGAUGAGGACAGCCUAUGGAGGCCUUCCCUGCAGUCUGUGAGGGCAGUAGAACACUGGGCUAAUCCCAGAGAUCUGGGGGUUGAGAGUGAGUGUGUGUGUC